AUGGUUUCAUCAGAUACCAAGAAGGCCGAACCUUGGAAGUCCCUGGUAGCCGGUUCUACGGCCGGAGCCGUGGAGGGUCUCGUUACCUACCCUUUCGAAUGGUCCAAGACCCGUCUCCAGCUCGUUGACAAGUCAUCCACCGCCUCCAGAAACCCUCUGGUGCUCAUCUACAACACAGCCAAGACCCAGGGUCUCGGAGCAGUGUACACUGGUUGCCCCGCUUUCAUUGUCGGCAAUACCGUCAAGGCUGGUGUCCGGUUCCUUGGUUUCGACGCAAUCAAGGGCCUGCUGGCCGACAAGGAUGGUAAGGUGUCCGGACCUCGAGGAGUUCUAGCGGGACUGGGAGCCGGUGUGCUUGAGUCCGUCGUCGCUGUGACUCCUUUUGAGACCAUCAAGACAGCCAUGAUCGACGACCGACAGAGUAAGAAUCCCAAGUACCAGGGUCUGUUCAAGGGAACCGCACAGCUCAUCAAGGACAAGGGCCUCUCCGGUAUCUACCGUGGUCUUGUCCCUGUUACCAUGCGACAGGCUGCGAACCAGGCUGUCCGCCUGGGAUCUUACAACUGGAUGAAGGUGUUCAUUCAGAGCCGGCAGAAGGACCCUAAGGCCCCUCUCUCGUCUCUGUCCACAUUCAUUGUCGGUGCCUUUGCCGGUAUCGUCACUGUUUACACCACCAUGCCUCUGGAUACCGUCAAGACCCGAAUGCAAUCGUUGGAGGCCAAAAAGGAAUACCGAGGCACCUUCCACUGCUUUGCUCGAAUCUUCAAGGAGGAGGGCCUGUUGACCUUCUGGAAGGGAGCCACUCCCCGUCUCGGACGACUCAUUCUCUCCGGAGGUAUUGUCUUUACCAUCUAUGAGAAGAUCAUGGAGAUUCUUUAG